AUAUAUACCCAUAUCAUAACUUGCAAAGCAAUACCGCACCAAGUCACAAGCCAACCUUGAUUUCCAUAUAAAGUCAUACCAUCAAUUCAAGCCUAGCCACAAAACAAAACUAGUAAGAGUAUGCAACUCAACUUCUUUCAUUUUACUCUCCUCGUCAUAGUUGGCGUUACUGUCGCCGCCACGGCAGGUAGUCCGGCUCCUGACAAGAGAGUAGUCUCUCCUGAAAUGUCUAAGGGCCCUAAUAAUGGCCAAGGCAGCCCCAGUUCUGGAGCUACUGGCUCCGGCCAUGGCCCCAACUGGGACUACAGUUGGGGAUGGGGGUCCAGUCCCGAUAGCGGAUGGGGUUAUGGUUCCGGUUCAGGCCGCUCGCCAAAUGGGUUUGGCAGGGGUUUUGGGUUUGGAUUUGGGUCUGGAAGUGGGUCAGGAUCAGGAUAUGGUUAUGGGUCUGGCAGUGGUGGUGCACACGGUGGUGGUGGUGGUGGGUAUGGGGCUGGAAGUGGGUCAGGUAAUUCAGGUGGCGGUGGUGGUGCAGGUGGCUACGGUGGUGGUUACUGGCCGAUUGAUUCCAGAGGGAAAAACAAACAUGGGUGAGUCUAUUUAUCCAUAGAGUGUACAUGGUGUGCAAGUGCAAGCUUGACAUUAAUUAAGCUUAGAAUUAUAUAUAGCUUACAUAGUUUAAGUUUUGGGUUGUGUGUAUUAUGAUUCGUGGCUUAAGUAACCACGUUAGCUCCUCUACUGUGAAAAGGUUUGCCUAUUCUCUUACUUCCAUUUUUCUCUCAUUUCACCAGCAUCUGUAAACUUUAUUGACUAGUAUUCCUCAUCUCCUUCAAACAUCAAAGCUACUUCUUUUUUUU